ACGCCGUUACAAGUUAUGUUGAUAUUGCUUCUUAAUUCUCUCGAUAACGUUAUAGAAAAACUUCUCUCUUGCUGCCCCAAAUAAAUUGGACGCUAGUUUUCAGGAGUUGUGGGCGGGUUUUGAGUUCUCUUUGAAUACAAAAACUUAGCUUGACCUGGCAACCCUGAUCGUGUUGAUUCUGCCGCACACUUGCUGAAAAUCUGCAAACACAUUUGGAAAGACAGUGGUCCCUGAGACGGAGAACAUAUAAUAGACACGCCGUGCCUUUCACAUUCAACAUUUAAAUCGGCUACUAGGCCUUACCUUCUAAUAUAUUGUCAAUAUAGGAUUUCUGUCUUUAAAAACUGUGAAGGAGUGAACAAGAACCUGAGGUUGUAGGACACAGACUACAUCCAUAAAAACAUUUUAUUUACGCACAAUUUGAGAGUUUGGAGCCGCGGUGUAAACUUCAGUUUGUCACUGCCUCUAUAGCGCGAUCUCUGGAAGACGCGUCGCAAUGGACCGGCCUGCCACCCUCCAGGACUACAAGGCUGCCAUGCUGCUGAGUGGGGUUGGCGAUGCCCUGGGCUACCGCAACCAGCUGUGGGAGUAUAACGAGUCAGGGACAGCCAUUCACCAGGAGUUGCAAGAGCUUGGUGGGCUGAAGAACAUCACAGCACAACUUCCUGAUUGGCCGGUCAGUGAUGACACAGUCUUGCACCUGGCCACUGCAGAAGCGCUCGCCACCGGAAAGGAAGGGGAGGAGCUUCUGCAGGAUGUGGCCGCUCGUUAUGUCGAGGGCAUGAAAGACAUGGAAGGGAGGAAACCAGGGCCAUCAAGCAUCUUAGGAGUGUCCCAGUUGAGGCCGGGAACUGAAGGGGGCUUCAGAGUGCCCUACAACCCUGAUGGCACCGGAUGUGGGGCAGCCAUGAGGUCUAUGUGCAUCGGUCUGAGGUACCCGUGGCCAGAGCAGCUGUCCACUCUGGUGGCCAUUGCUGUGGAAACAGGAAGGAUGACCCACCCUCACCCGACUGGUUUCCUCGGUGCCGUGGCGUCGGCGCUCUUCACCUCAUACGCUGUCCAGCGCCGGCCAAUCACGACCUGGGGGCUGGGCCUGGUCAAGGAGGCCUGUCCAAUCUCCAAGAGCUUUGUUCAGUCGAGGGGCUUUGCUGUCAGAGAGACUGAGAGAGACUGGGGCUACUUCACUGAGAAGUGGGAGUGGUACCUGGAGCUGAGAGGCCUCUCAGAGAGGACGGGCCCCGUGCUUUGGCCAGCGUCCUAUGGGCCGGCUGAGAGAGACAAGGUCUAUAAGAGCUUCAGCCUGAAGGGCUGGGCGGGCCGCAGUGGCCACGACGCUCCAAUGAUCGCCCUGGAUGCCCUGCUGGGGGCGGGUUCAGACUGGGAGGAGCUGAUGAGCCGCGGGGCCUUCCAUGGAGGUGACAGUGACAGUACGGCGGUGAUCGCCUGUUGCUGCUGGGGGCUGCUCCAUGGCACGGAGGGCGUCCCGCCCGGCAACUACACCCACCUGGAGUACAGGGAGCGGCUGGAGAGCAGCGCUGAAAAGCUCUAUGCCCUGUCACACAGAGGAGGUGACAAGUACGAUCCAUAAAGCGCUGAGGGGGAGACGAAGAGAGAAAAUGUGUGAGAGAGGGAGACUGUGUGUGAGUGAGUGAAUGAGAGUCCCUAAUGUUUUACUGUCUUAACCACAUGCAUUGUCGCUGUACUCAGUCUUGCCCAAAAGUAACUACGCUUGGUAGGAAGUCAAUUGAUCCGGUGUAGCGCUUACACAGUGUAAUAGAAAAACGUAUGUCAAAGUAGAUGCCUAGAGGGAAUGGUUCCGUCCCACUGACCUAGAGCAAGAUGUAUCCCAAAUAGAACUCUAUUCCCUAUGGGCUUAUGUCAAAAGUAGGGCACUAUGUAGGGAAUAGGGUUCCAUUUGGGACACAUAUAAAGUCUACACCCAAGCACAAUGAGGAGGAGGAUUCAGUCAUAGAAGAGGCAUGCUAUUGAGCAUUGCCAAGACAUGAUAAAUAAAGGGAGUACAGUGCAUUAGGAAAGUAGUCAGACCCCUUGAGUUUUUCCA